CGUAGCGGCUCCCUUGUAAUGGCGACCGUGCCGUGGAUGUGCCUGGGUUUGUGAAAAUGAAGCGAAGGAGAAGUUAUUUCUGUUAAGCGACAAACGCCGAGGUUUCGCCCCCGGAGAGGAGGAGCACUUUGCGCCCCGCGACCCGCCGUCUUUUCUACGUGGUGAAGUUGAGCCGCACCUUUGAACUCCGGCGUCCCCCGAAAAUGAUGAAGCUCAAGUCGAACCAAACCCGGACGUACGACGGCGACGGCUACAAGAAGCGCGCCGCCUGCCUGUGCUUCAGGAGCGAGGCCGAGGAGGAGGUGCUGCUGGUGAGCAGCAGUCGACAUCCUGACAAGUGGAUAGUCCCUGGAGGCGGCAUGGAACCGGAGGAAGAGCCCAGUGUUGCUGCAGCUCGGGAAGUGUGUGAGGAGGCCGGUGUGAAGGGGACUUUAGGUCGCUUAGUUGGAGUAUUUGAGAACCAAGAGAGGAAACACAGAACCUACGUCUACGUUCUCAUUGUAACGGACGUGCUGCAGGACUGGGAGGACUCGGUCAACAUUGGGAGAAAAAGGGAAUGGUUUAAAAUAGACGAUGCCAUGCAAGUGUUGCGGUGUCACAAGCCUGUGCAGGCCACCUACUUCGAGGCUUUCCAGGAGAGUUGCCUGACCAGUAACGGAACACCUCUGGUGACCACGAUAGGCGGGGAGCUCUCCCCUACCUACAGCAUCAAUCAGAGCUCCGUCUCGGGUAUCAGAUAACUAAAACCAUAACUCUGACAACCCCCCAGGAGCUUUCGAGCUUUUCGCCACCACUUGCGCUCUUACUCGUGUCUCUUCUCUACUCUUCUCUUCUCGUCUCAAUAUCAUGGUUUGCCUUGCCAACUCCUUUGUGCCAGAGCUGUGGCACAGACUUGAUGACAAGUGUUGGGGUGAAUAGUCUGAAACACUUUGUAAAUGUUCAUGUAAUUUUUGACCCCCCCUUAAUUUUUUUCCUUUUCUUUUUUCUUUUUACUGACAACCGCAUGAAAUGUCCUCUUGCUCCCCACCACUCUCUUUCCUUAAAGCGCCCUCAGCGUGGUGUUUAUUGAAUGCAAGAACUACUUUUUACUGUUGUGAUGUAAAAGUGUAUACUUAGUGCUUAAGCUGAAGGCUUUUGGUGGUCUCUUUUUAAUGUCUCCUCCAUUUUCUUUUGGUUAUUUUUCUGUGAACGAAUGUGCCCGUUAGAGUAGUCGCCCCCCCCCCCCCCCCCCCCCCCCCGUCGUAAGGAUAAGAAACGCUGUCUGUGUGAAUGAACAGAACUCUGGGAAGUGACUUGCCUUGCAUGAGCACUGUCUUGCUGUGUGUCGCACUCGCUCGAGUGAUCUGAUGCGGACUUGCGCAACAGAUUCGUGCUAAGGUCUUUUUGGAUUAUUUGGACGAGGUCUCUUCAUUUUUGCUCCAUAUCGUGGUUGUUGAUGUCUCUCUUAUCAGAAGGAUGCGGCCCCCUCGGUGGUAUUUCAAAUGUCGAGCGUGUUCCCCCUUUGUUUGGGGAAACGAACUCAAAGUACUACAGGUUUCAUUCUCGAGCAGAACGUUCAUACUGUAGGGAGAGUGAAAGAAUGUCAGCAUAAAUGAACCAGUUUUUCUCCUCAGUGUCUUUACCUCCUUUUAAUCCCUUUGUUUGUUUUCUGUCUUCUUUUUUUGUUAACACUUUCUUGUGACUGACUAUAAAGUCUUCCUCCGCAUACCGAGAGGGUAGAAGUAGAUUUUCAACAAUCAUGGACUUACAAUUUCAAACUGCAGCACAUAUCACUUAAGUUAUUAAAAACCCUUUUACGCAUUUUACUCCUCACAUUCAGUUUGGUUAAAAGCAUUUUUAUUUUUACAUUGUGUUUGUAGCACAGGUGACUUCAGUAGGCACUUUUCAUUAGGGUCUUUUUUUUUUUUUUUUACCCUCCUUUAGUAUUUAAUCUGCAUCCCCCAAAAAACACUUGAGACACCUGCUUGACAUUGAACGUAAUGAAAUCUAUAAUGCUGUCUUUGGCAAGAUGCAGAACAACAAGCCUUGUACAGUUUGAGACCUUGUUUUUAACAUGUAAAAUGCUUUUGGAUACUUUUUUUUUGUUUCGUUUCCCUUUCUAACGUCUGGCAAAAGUCUCUUUAGCUGAGCUGCGUCACUUGGCCUCCGUGGCAUGAGGCAGCUGGCUCAAUACUGUGAAACUGGAGGCGCUGUAGAUAGCAUGUAAGAGGUUUUUAUUGUAAAUUGUUUAUUUCUGUAUAGAUCAAAAAGUGAGAGUACAAAUGACAAAACACAUCUUACACAUCAGUGCGUCGUCGAGGCUGGAGUAAAUUGAUUGAGCUUGUGUCGGUUUUUUCGGAGCUGUUCGGACUUUUCCUCUCGAGAUAAGAGAACGUCUGAGGCUAAAGAACAAGGAAUGUGGGUGAGAGCAGAGAGCCUGCUUAUAAUCGAAUACUCUCGAUCCUUAAUCCCCUUGUUUUCUUUAUGUUUUCGAGCAAACUAAAUUUGUAACACUAUGGGAUUACGUUUUCUUUUCCUCAACUUUGGCCAAUCUGUUAAAAAGAAUAUGCAGGACAAGCAGCAGUCUCAACGCCUGAUGUCUUCUUCAAGCUGACAGCUGUUCCACCAGUUUCAGUAUAUUUCCCUUGGAGAGUUUCUGUCUCUAAAAAAAAAAGAAAUAGUUGUCCUAAUUGACAUUGAAACAAGCUGUAAACACACACGAAAUUAUCACCCUCACGUCAGUCUGGCUAAAUUAUUGGCAAAGAGUCGGCUGUUUUUGUGUCCACUUCAAUGUAAAGCCGAUAGUCAAUCCCCCUUUUUAGCUCAAUUUUGGUCUCCACCAUAAGCUACUGCGUGCUCCAUGUACAAAACGAAACUAAAUAAAUAAAUUUCAGGGUGUAAAAUCAAUAGCGAUGAUUCUUGUUAUAUUCAUCAAUGCAAACAACCCCUUUCAAAUACCAGUAUAGUAACGUGAAGCAGUUAAUACCAGAAAUACUGAUUAUAGCAGCUCAAGGGUUAAUAUAUAUAUAUAUUAUAUUUUUUUCCACUUUGCUGGCUAGUAAACUUUGAUCACCUGAUUAAUUAUUAAUAAGAUAGCAGCUUAGUUAGCAGCACUGAAAAACUACAGUUCCAAGAGUUUUGAUCGUGUCUAUUGGCCAAUAUGAAUUGGGAGCGGCGUUCAGGCGUUUCCUGACCACCCCAGUGGAAGCAGCACAUUUAGCUUUGAAUAUGGACAGAAAACUCUAGGGCCAUGAUUCAAAAAAAAAUUAAAUAAAUAAAAACUGAUGAGAAAGCCUUUGUGGGGAAUUACACUGAUAGCUGAAAGCUAGUGGGCCGAUAAGAAACAGAUAAGACGCGUUCUACAGUGACGGCUCUUUCUCCCCGUCGUUUUUCCUCCAGAGGCAUCGUUUUUCCCCCAGAGGCAUUGUUUUCUCGGGGGUGGGGGGGCGGGGGAGGAGUCCUCAACAUCCCAGAAAAUUGAGCUUUAGACAAACUCCUCGUGUUGGCUUUAGAAGAUCCCUCAAUUCAAAUGUGUUUUUCUUUCUUUUUAUUUUCAAAUGAGAGUGUAGGUGCAAAGUCUUAAAGUCUCCUUCACAACGGUUUGAGACUUUGAACUGGUUUUACUGCCGCGUGUCAGGAAGGUGUGGUGGCCAACGUCCAGCUGUACGACGGCCUGACUGGCACUUCCCCAUGAGAUCUGUGUGUUGAUUCGAGCUUUUCGUCUUCAUCUCAAUGUUUUUUCGAUUUUGAGACCUCGAGGGGAUGAGCCGGUGUGUUCCCUGGAAAGAAUGAAACGAAACUUUGUUCCUGGGUGAUUGGCAACGACGUUAUUCACUCUUAAGUGGUUCGAUGUGGGUGAUAGUGUCAAAAUGAAUGUGAGGAGGAUUUCCACAAGCAACAGCCAGUGACUUAGUUAUUAAUGACCACUUGCUCUUUAUCCGUAAUAUUUUAUUUUUUUCCUUCUGCUUUUCCUUUAAUCGGUUGUGUAUUUGAGAAGCUAAUGUCUUGUAAGUAGCUGACAGCACCCAAACAGCCAGAGGGCGCACUUUGGAGAUUUAUGUCCUCUUUCUUUUUGUAAAACAACUCCCUUACAUCUCAAAAAUUCAUGAGAACUAGGCUGAAGUUCAGAAGGGCAUUCAUGAAAUGAAUAUCUGCAUAAAUUGAGCUGAGAUGGAGCAAACGCAUCAUCUACCCUUUUGUAUGACAUUGAAGCGUCUGAGCUUGGAUGAAACAGGAUUGAUUACUUAAAGGAUAAUUGGAACAACUCAAAGUCACUUUUCAUGUAAUGGUUUUCAAAAUGUGUUGACAUGUCAAUCAUCUGGCUCCAUCUUGUGGCCAAGCAAAAAAAAUAUUAAAAGCACAUCACUUCACAGCUGAGGACUGUAAAAACUAAAUAUUUAGCAUAAUGGUUUGACCAUUCUAUGAACCAAAUAACGUUAAAAAAAUAUAUAUUAACUGAUUUAAAAAAUAAUCUGCCCCAAAAUACUUGCAACUGAAUAAGAAAACUAAACGUGUGCACUCGUAGCCGUCGACCUCAGCCUUGAAGUUACGUGUUGUAAUUGUUUUCUCCGAGGUAUGUGUCACUGGAAUAUUAAUUUCCUCUUCUUUUUUUUUUCCUCUUCUUUUUUUUUUUUUGUCAUCUGGGACUGUGGAAUAAAACCAGUGCGAAGACUGAAGAUUGUAAUAUAAAUGUGCCAACAAAUAAACACCAGUAUUUCACAUUCA